UAAAAAGUACGCAGCAAUUGCUAGUCCGGCCAUCAAGGAGCCCGGAUGCUCUGUAGGUACAGCAGCGUUCGGGUUAUUUGCUUGUGCUGACCCCGCAGAGCUUGUUGGUGCAGCGUCCAACUUGUCAGCGCCUGCAGUAAUGAUAACCUGAUACAUGCCGAACUCCUCCUUUGAGGCUGACACGGCGGUGCUUGUCGCUCUGUCAACAGUGCUGGCACCUGAUUGCGUGCACCAGGCUGGAGCUGUGUGAGUGACUGGCCCGUAGGUGAAGGUCUGGAUAACGGUCUCAACGCCACUGGGAACAGUUCCCCGUGCGGGAUAGGUAUGUGUAUGUGUGUGGGUCAACAACUGAGUCUCGCUCACGUCCCCAGUGGAUCUGCAUUGUCUCUCCGCUCCAAUGCGCGCUCCAUACGACUGUGUGCACAUGGCGUCGAUAUUUCCGGUCGCUGUCUUCUGGCAGAUUUCUUUGUAUAUAUUUUCGUCGCCUGUAGUAGAGCUUGCUCCAGAUCCCUGACGGACUUGGCUGGCUUCGAAAUAGGUCGGCGCAACAGUCCAGGUCUGAAGGAAGUCGGGGUCGACCAUAGCAGUGUCGGUGCCAUUGUCGGGGGUGAAGGCCAUUACGGUGUGGCCGUCUUUCACGUCAAUGACAGAGCCCUCGAAGCCGAUUUUGUCUGUGCCAAAAGUCCAAUUUGGCAGCCAGAUGGAAGUGGUUAUUUGCGCAGACAUGGUUGCGGCGAGCGCCAGCAUGGUGAGUGGCAGCGCAGACAACAUAUUGGCGGCUUGAUGGAAUAAUCUAUCGCUGCUAAUGCUAGCUAUGAAUGAGUGC